AUGCCUGGCGUACCUUCAGGCAGAGCCUGCGAGGGAUGCCGCAAGCAGAAGAAGAAGUGCGAUGAGAGAACCCCGGCAUGCUCACGCUGCAUUCGCCUGGGGCUGCCCUGUGAGGGAUCGGGGAGAAAGAGGUACAAAUUCGUGGAGGCUCAAGGGUUGUCUACGAAGCAAUCGGCCGUGAUGUCUCGCCGUGGGACCAGGCAGGUGUUGCUUGGUACUCCUCCUGCGAACGAGAGAACGUCGUUGGUCAAGGCGUUUAUCUACGCCGUGAGUCCCUCGUCGGACUUGAGAUACAGUCUGUUCUGGACCUACGGCGACUUUCUAGUCGAUAUUCCGCCGCGACUCGGGGAAAGUCCCGCUCUCGAUGCCUCUGCAGAUGCGUUGAUCAGUGCCCAUGUGAGCUUCAGCAGUUGCCGCGGGACAACAUCUGUCCACGCCUUGACGAAGUAUUCUCGCGCGUUGCAGGCGCUGCGGAGUGCCUUGGAUGACCCGAUCCAAGCUGUGUCUUCGAACACACUUUGUGCAGUCAUGCUGCUUUUGCUAUGCCAGGCUUUACUCGGCACGGCUGGACCCGGCUGGUCGAGCCAUGCGCAAGGUGCGGCCCAGAUUCUUCGAGCUCGCGGGUUUUUGGCGUCGCCGGAUGAGUUCGAGCAGAAGGUUUUGCUAAGUCUACGCGGACCAGUGCUCUUUGAAGGCCUUGUCAACGAGAAGAUCAAAUUGAAUCCUGAGGAAUGGGCCGCCCUGGUAGACCAUGAGCUGGCCCGUAGUAACACUAUUGGCCAGAUGCUGCUCUGUCUAGCCCAGAUCCCGGUGAUCACGCAACGAGGCAGAGACAUGUCUGCUCGCGGGGACCGAACUGGUAUAACGGCCUUACGCGACGAGACAAAAACGCUCUACCAGAUGUCCAAGGUUCUGUUAGAUACCCAGCAGCUGGAGUAUGCUGGUGUUCCAAGGUCUAGCGCCACGGGAGAUAUGCCGUUCGCCUAUGCCCAUUACCAGCGUAUGUACGGGCUUGGGUUGACAAUCGUGAUGAUCAUCAAUGUCGCGCUGCGCGCCUUUGGGGUUGACGAAGGAGGCGAAGAGGAAGACGCUGCAAUCCAGCUGGAGUCGGUGGACUUCUCCCGGCAGCUCCUAUCUCUUGCCCGGGAGGCAGCCAUCUACCGACCGCUGGGGGCCAGCUACACGUUUGUGGGCCUCAUGGUGGCUUGGAUGCAAAAGCAAGACCAUACCUUACGACUCGAAGUCGAGCAAGAGAUGGAGAGCUACACGCGUGAAUUUGCAACCCUGCAAGGGGUGUCCUUCGAGACAAGUGACUUGCUGGAAUAUUUGCCGCGGGGAAUCCGAAUGCUGUCGGUUCAAUGA